AUGGUUCAACCAGGGUUUGGCGGCGUACUCGACACGCCUCGAACGAAUCUCGGAGACGCUACGUACCUCAGCAGGCAGCCCGAUUUUGCUGACAUUUCCCAGGAAGCCUCCUUUCAAUCCCCAGGAAAAGAUGGCGACUUUCUGCAGCAGCUUCGUAAUGGACGCUCAAAUGGAGUCGAUCUACGAACGCCACGACAGAGAGGGCCACUGGCAGAUCGCAGAAAUAUACCUCGAAAUAAUCUUGGAGGGGCUGAAUUUACACCUAUGCUGAAGUUGUCCGCAAGAAAUAGUGCUCGCAAAAAUGGCAGGGAGAAUGGGGCUACUGGUUUGAAUGCACCAGCAUUGGAUAAAAUAGAUGAAGACGACAUGACGCCCGUACCGCGAGGGGACAAUUCUGUUUAUCUGGCCUCUCGAAGCCAAUCGUUUCUCGACAACACCCUGCCCCAGCUCGAAAGCAGUAGUGUUGCUUCCACCCCGUUGGCCGUGCAGCCUCGGAGAGACGGGGAUAAAGGGCCAUUGCAGGAUGGAAACCAGUUGUCACUCCGUGAACAGGAAAACGUCAUUGAUAGGAUUGAAAAGGAAAACUUCGGCCUAAAGCUGAAAAUUCACUUCCUCGAGGAAGCGUUGCGAAAGGCCGGUCCCGGCUUCAGCGAAGCAGCCCUCAAGGAAAACACAGAGUUGAAAGUCGACAGGGUGACAAUGCAACGAGAGCUUCACCGAUAUAAGAAGCAUGUCACGGCGGCCGAGCGGGACCUUGAAUCAUAUCGACAACAGAUGCAAGAGCUUCAAGAAAAAACAAGGCGAAAGCAAAAUGACCAAAGCCAGCGCCAGGAACUUGAACGACUGCAAAAGGCCCUGGAGGAAAAAUGUUCCGAUGUUGAUGCACUUCAACAGCAAGUGGACCAGAGUCAUCACGACGAGGAUCAGCUCGAAAAACUCCGUGACAACAUCGAGGACCUGGAAGCAGAUUUACGAGAAAAGGAUCGCUUGAUAACGGAAAGAGACGAUGAGCUGGAUGAUCUCAGGGACAGACUUGGUGCUGCCGAGGACAAGCAAAAAGAAGCGCAAAGGAGGAUGAGUGAAAUGGAAGGCAUGGAGAACCAGAAUGAAGAAUUAGAAGAAGCCAGGGAGACUAUCCAAGACCUCGAGCUCAGUAUUCGGCGCCUAGAGGAACAAAUCGAAGAUUUGAAGGACAAGGCGGAACAGGCGAUAUCCCAGAAAGAUCGAGCCGAACAUGACCUCGAGGAGCUCCAAGAAGAAAUGACCAACAAGUCUGUGCUGACCAAGGGACUCUCAAGACAAGUUGAAGAGAAGGUAUCCCGCUUGCAAGAAGAGCUCGACAAAUCUGGAAAGGAAUACGCAGAACUGGAAAAAGAGCUGGCCGGUGCAAACGAGGAAAAUGAGCAGCUCAGGCUGGAGAUGGAUGAAUUGAGAAAUGAGCAACAAGAAAUCAGACGCGGACAGCGUGACAAUUCAAUCAAAGUUCAGGACCUUGAAGCAGAGCUACUUGCCGUUGCCGAUGAGAAGGAUGUUUUACAAGCGCGGCACGAAACGCUGACAACCGAGGCCCAGGCUCUUCAGCGUGACGUGCAGCGACUGGAAAAAGAGGUGGAAGAGCUGCAGAAAAACGUGUCAGAUGAGAGGGAAUACGCGGCAGAGAUCGAGACAGACUUGCGCCAACAGUAUAAGGGUGAAUUAGAACGAUUGAACGACGCCAUUUCAGGCUUGCAGGCCGAGGUCCGCGAGCGUGACAAUCUUUACGACAACGAUAGUGAAAAAUGGGAAAACGAGAAGCAAGCUUUGGUGUCCGAGAGGGAGAGGGCCGAGGAGAAAGCUGCAGGUCUUCAACGGACCGUCGAACGUCUUCGCGAAGCGGAAGGAAACUUGUCGAGCAAAGAGUCCACGUUGCAGAAAGCCAUGGAAAGUGAGAUGGAACGGCAUAAAAGCGAGGAGGCUGUAAUGGCUCGCCAAAUCGAUGACCUCCAGGAGGCUCUAGAAACACGACAAGCCUUGCUCACUAAUUUGCGGAAUGAACUUUCGACUGCCAGGGACGACCUCGCAAAAAUUCAGAUUGACUAUCAAGGACAAGUGAACGAGAUUUGCGCGUUGCAAAGUGAGGCAGAGUUGUUGAGAUCGAAGAACAGUCAAUUGACACCUGGUCGCCGCGAUGCAUUGGUACAGGAUUCACAAUAUCUCCGAGACCAAAUCGCCAGACUCAAAGCGGACCUGAGCUCCGCUCAGUCAUCUCUCGCUGAAGCAAGAGCGCAGCGGGAUGAGUUUCAAAAACAACUACUCAAAAAUGGCGCCGAGGCGAAAUCGUCUACAGCAACUCCAUUCAGCAACCAAGAAGUUGAAUCUGCUCGACGUACAAUACGAGAGCUGGAGCAGCGGGUUAGAAAUUACGAACAUCAACUAAGCAAGCUCAAGAUGGCCGACGAUGACGACGUCGUUGGCAGCGUAUCAAGCCUGCGAAGAGACUUGUCGGCAUCGCGUCAAAGGGAACUCGAUUUCCUGCAAAAAGAGGCGGCUCAUCGGGAUACCAUUAGGGGCCUCAAUGUGCAAAUUGCGGAGCUGGAGCGGCAGCUACAUGAAGGCAAAGUUUCUCAAAUGGCGAGAUCACCUCCCCGCUCAGCAGCCGAGUCUGCAGGUAAUUCCGCAGCUGCAAGACAACAGCUAGCCGCUUCCCAACGCGCUUUGGAUGAACUAAACCUGCAGGCUGCCGAGUCGGAGCGAAUGGCGUCACGGGCAAUCGAGGAGUUGCAGAGGCAGAUGAGCGAUCUCGAAGACCAAAAGCUCGUCCUGGAGGAAGUUCUCGAAGCAGCAAACCAACAGGCCGAAGAGGCCGCGGCGCAAAACGACGAGGCCAUGCGUCACAUGAAACACAAGCUGGACAAGGCGGAACGAGAACGAGAUUCGGCCAUUGCCUCGCAGUCAGAAAAGAGCAGGCAAGGCAAACAUCUCAAAAGGAGCCAGGCCGAGAUUGAAAAUCUGGAGCACGAUGUUCGACAGCAGCAAGAACUCAUCGAUGGCCUCGCUGCCACUGAAGCGUCGCUCAGGCGCAAACUGGAACGCGCACGCAGCGAGCGGGCAGCGUUUCGCAUGAGCGCCGAGAAGCUGCAACGAGACGUCCAACUACUGCAGGCCACGAGCGGCGGUCCUGCAGCCCGGAAGGAUGAUGGACAUGGCAUCACGAAGCGACACUGCAAGACCCCGGACGGCGACACCUCGGCAUUUGAGACGCUCGUCCGAGCCGCCGAAGGUGCCGGGGAGCGCCACAGAAAGGAACUGAAGGGCAUGGUGAUGCAAAUGGAGUGGAUGCAAGCUCGUUGGGAACGGGAGGCGUCGCUCAGAUCAGACGCCGCGUACGCAAAGAAGUUUAUCCAGCUGCAGCUUGAUGUUGCCAACGCUUGCAACAAGGCCCAGCUGCGCGAGCUCGAGCAUAUCCGCACCAACCUCCUGCACAGCAAGAAGCCUCUAUCGCUGCCGGCCGCCCCCGACGGCCUCGCUUUCGGCAAGUUGAAACCGACGUCGAUUCGACCGUUUUUUGUAAUGGCCCGCUUCAUCGCUCGCACGCGCAUCGCCUCCCGCAGAUGGGCACAGCAGGAGCAGGUUCGUCUCAAGCUGGUCGCAGCCAGGGACGACCAGCGACGCGUCAAGAGAUCGAGGCAGUUUAAAGUUGUUCGAAUGGACGCAUGA